AUGUGUACAAUUUUUCGUCUCGGUGUUACACUAACCGUACUUCUAAUUUUUUCUAAGUUAUUAUUACCAUGUUCUGCUCAACCACCACAAGGUCCUAUACCUGUUCCUCCUAGUUCUUUAGGAACUUACACUGAUGGAACUAUUUUAUUCGCUACUGGCGAUGUAAAGUCACCGGGGCUUUCGAAGAGAUCCUUCAAUUCUAAUUUUGCUAGUCAGCUUAAAAUUACGCUUCAUUUCCUUAAUACAAAUGGAGAAUUUAAACAUAUUGAUGUUUCAUGUAAUUGCGAUGAAUUGCUUGAUAUACGUCCAUUAAAUCCAAAUUAUUUACUAUUAUUAACAAGAGAUAUUCCUACUUCUCGUAAUUUAACUGUAAAGAUAAUGGAUUGGACGAAUAAGAUAUUAAGUAAUGUGAGUACAAAUGCACAAAUUCAAGCUAUUGGUACAAGUAUGAAUGGUACAAGAUUUUUUGUAGCUGGAAUAAAUGCCACACAACUUUUAUGCAUUGAAUACGCUAUCAAUGAUAAUGAACAAAUAGUCGAUGGAAGAAUAAAUAAAAGUAUAGAAAUUCCUGUAUCGUUGACAAUCAAUCAAAUCGUCUCAUUAGAUUAUAAAUCAUGGGGAAUUAUAUUUAAGGAAACAUUAGAUGCGGAUUAUUAUAAUUAUCGGCUUUUAAUUAUUUCACCUGAAACCGAAAAUCCAACACCCAUAAUAUUAAAUAAAGAUAGAAUUUCCAGUAUUUUAUCACAAAUUGCUUGUGCUGCUAAUAAAAAUUUUCAAUAUUAUUGCUUAUUUACAAGUUAUAAUGAUUUAUUAUUGGUUAAUAUACACAAUAAUUUAACAAAUCAAACCAAUUUAUUCCAGUCCAUUUGUUUUGAUUCCGCUAAAGUUUAUACCAUGCCGAAUAUUGGCUUUUUAGUAGAAGUUAAAACUCGUGCAUACAUCAAAUAUAUUGUAUUGAAUAUUGAUAUUGAUUAUGGAGAUCCAAACAAUGCUUUUGGAGAAUCGGUAGUAAAUAAUAAUCAAGACGAUAUCGAUAUUGACCCUUUUAUGCUUCCGAAUAAUACAAUUGUACGUAUAUUAAAAAAAGAUAAUGAGUAUAAUUUUUUAUCUAAAGGAUCGUCCAUACCUAAGAAAAAUCAAGAAAAUGGUUCAUAUGGUUUAUUCAAUAAUACUCAUAUUAAAGAAACUUAUCCAUCAGAUAAUGAAUUGAUUCCUGUUGGCACUGAUAAAAUUAAAUUAACAUUUAUUCACACUGUUGAUCUAACAGCUGCUGUUGAUAUCUCAAUCCAUCUAGAAUCUGAUGGUAGAUAUUUUUUGCGUCAAACACUUUUAUGUACGGAUCAAUAUUGUGAGAUAGGCGAUAAUGGUUAUUCACUUACCAUUAAUUUACUUGAUAUUACUUUUAAUACACCAAAUGCUGAUUAG